AUGGGUUGUUGUUAUUCAAGAAUAGAGAGAGAAGAGAUGGUCUCAAGAUGCAAAUCCAGAAAGAGGUACAUGAAACAGUUUGUGAAAGCAAGACAAGUCUUCUCUGCUUCACACAGUAUGUACAUUAGAUCACUUCGAAGUACAGGCUCAGCUUUGCUUCAGUUCGCCACCGGCGAAACCACCCUCCACCACCCCCACACCCACAACCACAAUCACCACCACCUGCCACCAUUCCUCCCAUCACCGCCACCCCUACCCCCAACACCACCACCACCAAUGAGCCCCACCACUGACACCUGGACCACAUCCACCGCCACCUCCUCCGCCCUUCCUCCGCCGCCUCCUCCUCCGCCGCCGCCACCAUCAUCAAGCUGGGAUUUCUGGGACCCAUUUGUGCCAUCUUCGUCCAGAUCAGUGAAUGAGGAAGAAUGGGAAGCGACUACCAUCGCCUCGGAGGUGGCCGUCACUACAACCGUUGGGACGACGGCAAGCGUGGCGGCUCCGCCGUCUGCGAUUAGCCGAUUUUCUAAGGAAACUACAACUACUGAGCUUGCUGUGGUGGUCUCUACCAAAUCUAAAGACCUUACUGAGAUCAUCAAAGAGCUUGAUGAGUACUUUCUCAGCGCAGCUGAUGCUGGUAGCCAAGUCUCAUUGCUCUUAGAAGUCCCUACUUGUGGAUUUUCCGCUCAAAGAUCUUCUUCCGGUAAGGUAUAUGGGUAUGGGAAAAAUUUGAGUCCUUUGUUAAGGACAUGGGGUUCGAGUCCCAAGUGGAAUAACGGGUUUGGAAAAUUGGGUGAAGAAGUGGCUGUGGGUAAUUUAGCCCUUGGGGGUGUCACUAGUAGCAGUCACUGUUCUACUGUGGAGAGGUUUUAUGCUUGGGAGAAAAAACUGUACACGGAGGUCAAGAAUGCUGAGACUUUGAAGAUGGAGCAUGAGAAACGGGCAGCCCAGUUGAGGAAGCUAGAGAUGAGGAGGGCUGAGUAUGUUAAGACUGAGAAAGCCAAAAAAGAGGUUGAGAAGCUGGAAUCAAGGAUGAUGGUUGCUUCUCAGGCCAUUGAGACUACCUCUGCUGAAAUCAUCAAAUUGAGGGAGUCAGAGCUCUACCCACAACUUUCUGAGCUUGUUAAAGGAGGUACUUGGUCAGCAGGGUCAAACUCAGCUAUAAUAAUAUCUUCAGGUCAAGAGAUACAGCAGUACUAG